AGACGAGAGUCAGGAGUAGGACAAAAAGACGCCCAGUUUGCAGUAAAAUGCAAGAUAACCACCAAGAGAAUGAUUUGCUUUUCACUGUAAAAGAUGGGAUUAUCAGUCCGUUACAACGUAAUGGGAUCAUCUUUGUCAUCUUGCUCUUGUCUGGAUGUAGCUGCAUAUUUUCUGCUCUGCACUUAAGACCUUCAGAGUCAAUAGUUUCACUAACUCCAGUGGACAUGGAUCAAGAAAAGCUCCCAGAGGGUUUCCACGAAGAUCUGCAGGAGGUGAUGCAGAAACUUGAAUACCUUCUACCACCAGCGGAUCUGUUGCCCAACUUUGCUCUGGAGUCUCAAGGUGCCAGACUUGUGCACACGAUGACCUCAGGAGCAUUUGAGAGCAACAGACCAUGCAGAUUCUUUGGGAUGCCUUUACAAGAAGAACCUAUAGGCCCAAACAUUGUCAUUCAGGGAAGAACUCACCUGAAUCCUGGACAAUGCUGGGCCUUUGCAGGAUUCCCAGGACGUUUAUCCGUCCAACUGUCCCAUAAAGCUACUGUCACUCAUGUGUCGCUGGGUCAUAUUCCUAAGAUAAUAUCCCCAUCUUCCAGAAUCUCCAGUGCUCCGAGGGAAUUCUCUGUCUAUGUAAGUCAAGCAACACCACAUGUAUCACAUAUGUGUCCACCUAUACUGUGGAUGAAGGGGCUUUAA